AUGGCCGACGAAACACCAACACCGACCAUGAUUUCCAACCCUUUUCAUCUUGCUCAUGCCAUAUCCAACAUCAAAGCUCUCAUUCCUGUAACCCUGGAUAUCAAAAAUCCGAACUAUCAAAAGUGGAGUCAUUUCUUCAUCAUCACCGCAGGUCGCUUCUGUCUCACCGAUCUGCUUCUCGGAAACGCAAAGCCCACCAACAUCUCCGCCGACGAAUGGCAACGCGCGGAUUACCUCCUCCAAUCUUGGAUCUAUGGCACCAUAACCGAGGACCUCUCAAGCAUGGUCCUCUCUAAAACCGCAAAGGCUCAUGAUCUGUGGAAGGCCCUCGCCUCUCUCUUUACAGACAACGAAGACUAUCGGGCCAUCCAACUCGAAGAACAGUUCAAGUCCCUCAAGAAAGGAUCUCUUUUGAUCCAUGACUAUUGUCAACUUCUCAAAACCACUGCCGACAACUUGGCAGACGUCGGCAACCCCGUGUCAGACAAGCAACUCGUCCUCCAAACCCUCCACGGUCUACCAAAACAUUACGGGACCAUUGUCAAUCUAAUCUCCUUCCAAACUCCGUUACCCUCUUUUCUCCAAACACGUUCACUACUCCAGAUGGAAGAACAGCGCAUUGCUGAACCGGAGCAGACCCCUACUGCUCUCUACGCAUCUCGCCCCAACAGUUCCAACAGUUGGCCCAACACCCCCAACAAUUAUCGAGGUGGUGGUUCUUGGCGCAAUCAGCGAGGUGGCGGUCGCACAAAUCGUCGUGGCGGUCGUGGUCAGUCACGACAUCCGAUGCAACACUACGGUUACAAUCAAUUUCAUAACCAAUCGCAACCUUGGCGGGCCCCUUAUACGCCUCAGACAUCUUCAUCGAUUCUUGGACCCCCCCCCCAAGCUCUCCUGGUCAUUAUCAUGCUCCUACAGCUCAUGCUUAUUUUGUUGGACAGCAAGAUCCCCAACAGCACGUGAACUGUUCC